AUGUAUUCAAAUAAUUGCUUGAUUGGCCUUGAACAUGAUGAACUAGAGGAAAAUCCACAGACAAAAAUCACAACACCACCAUUGUCUGAAUUAUUAGUUAAUAUAGAAGAAAAUAAAAUUGAUUUGAUUGAUUUAUUAGAAAAAUACUGUAAAAAACCAACCACUAAAAAAUACAACUUGGCUCAUAGUUAUAUUUUAGACUUAUCAAAUACAUUAUCAAUUUCACUUUCAAACAUUAAACAAGAGUUUAAUCAACAAGCAUGGCAAGAUCUUCUAAAAGAUAAACCAAAAUUUUUUAGAAACAUCAACUAUUAUAGAGAAAUUGAUACCAUUUUGGACCAUCUAUUUGGAUCAAAAGACAAUAAAGAUACAAUAAAUCUUGAGGAAGCUUGUAAGAGAUGGAUAAACUUAAGAUCGUUAAGUCUGCCUGUAUAUAAUAGCAACUUUUCAUAUGAAAAAAGUGAUUGGAACCGAGUUAUUUUUUGGGUUGAACGUGCAACUGGUCUUGAUGCAUUUGAAGCAGAAGCAAAUCCUAUAUUACAGACAAAUUGUGGUGAGCGUGAGUGGUCUGGAGAAUACAUUUACCCAAUUUUCAAAGGUGCUUUUACAUUAAAUCGAUUUUGCAGAGUACCAUGGGGAGAAGUAACUUCCAAAACCAGUCAAGAACGAAAGAAUUCAUCAGUUAAUGUUAUGGAACAACAAGUAAAACGUGGCCAUCAGAUGGAUAUUUUAUGUAUUGCUGGUACUUAUGAAGUCUUUUGUGGUUAUGUGUGUGGAAGUGCAUCUUACACUGAUUUAACCAAGUUGUCAAAUGAUGAAUUUGAUCUAAUACGAGGUUUAAAAGACAUGUUGAGUCAUAUGAUAAAUAAAUUUGAUUCAGAACAAAAUUUAUAUACAUUAGGAUUUGAGGUAAAUAUGAGUUUUAAAGCUAAUUCUGUUAAUUGCUGGUUGACUUGA